CAACACCCAUCUCAUGAACCCAAGAAUAACAACAACAAGCCUAAAUACUGCGACACCACCUCUCAAGCCCCUUAUCCCCACCCUUGAUCCCCCUAAGUACCUCUCCCACCUCCUCAAGCGCCACAUCACAGCGCACCAUUCCAAAGGGCCCAACCUGGCCGGCUACAACAGGCACACACAAGCCCAGCUCAACUAGCGCCUCCCACUCACGGCGCGCCACAUCUUUACCCCAGACCUUGCUCGCGCCACUACUACUACUAAGGCCGCCUGCCGCCGACUGGAUGCGCGCGCGCGACGCAAGCGUCACGUACUCGUCAUACGCCAUGUUGAAGUUGCAGGCGUCGGAGUCGUGAAUGAUGUCGAGGCGAGCAGCGGCGAUAAGCAGGGAUAACGCGAGUGUGGAGAGCGCGGGGAGCAGUGCGAGUUUGCAGUCUGGGGCGCGGAGCAGAGUGCUGGGCUGGAAGGGCGAGGUGGGUGCGAGAGUGGAUGUCGGCACC